UGUGAAUCCAACUUUUCUUCCCAUCAGAGAAUCCAUGCAGGGGAUGAAACAUACAAAUGCUAUGAAUGUGGAAAAGGCUUCAGCACGCUCGUAAGCCUCACUUCUCAUCAGAGAAUCCAUAAGAGGGAGGAACCAUCUGAGAGUUCAGAAUGCAAAAACAGCUUUGGUCUGAGUGAAAGUCUUAUUUUUCAUCAAAGAUCCCAGACCGGGCAAAAACCAUGCCAGUGCUCAGAGUGUGGCAAGUGGUUGAGCUGUAAAGGUUCUCUUACUUUGCAUCAAAGAAUCCAUUCAGGGGAGAAACAAUAUAAAUGUUCGGAAUGUGGAAAGAGCUUCCGCUGGAGUUCAGCCCUCAUUGUGCAUCAAAGAAUCCACUCAGGGGAGAAACCCUAUAAAUGCUUGUUGUGUGGAAAGAGCUUCACUCUCAGUACAAGCCUCACUUCCCAUCAGAGAUUCCACACAAAGGAGAAGCCAUAUGAGUGCCCGGAGUGUGGAAAGACCUUCAGUUGGAGCUCAGCCCUCACUUCCCAUCAGAGAACCCACUCAGGGGAGAAACCCUACCAGUGCACAGUGUGUGGGAGAUGCUUCAGUCAGAGACCACACCUUACUUCCCACCGAAGAGUCCAUUCUAGAGAGAAACCCUAUAAAUGCCAAGAGUGUGGGAAAGGCUUCAGUCAGAGCUCACACCUGAAGGUACACCAAAGCAUCCACACGGGAGAAAAGCCAUAUAUAUGCUUGGAGUGUGGAAAGAGUUUCCGUGUAAACACAAGCCUUAAAUCACAUGAAAGAAUCCACACAGGGGAGAAACCAUAUAAAUGCCUGCAUUGUGGGAAAAGCUUCAAUCAGAGCUCAAGUCUUAAUAUACAUCGAGGAAUCCACAAAGGAGAGAAGCCAUAUAAAUGCUUUCAGUGUGGAAAGACCUUCUACACUGGCAUACGGCUUACAGAACAUCAUGCAAUCCACACUGGGGAUGAAACGUACAAAUGCUCUGAAUGUGGGAAAGUCUUCAGCAGUGAAAGUCUUACUUCCCAUCAAAGACCCCACACAGGGCAAAAACCAUGCCAGUGUCCAGAGUGCGGCAAGAGGUUGAGUUGUAAGAAUGCUCUUACUUUGCAUCAGAGAAUCCAUUCCGACGAGAAAAAAUAUAAAUGCUCGGAAUGUGGAAAGAGUUUUCGUUGGAAUUCAAACCUCACUACGCAUCAGAGAAUCCACACAGGGGAGAAACCCUAUAAAUGCUUGAUGUGUGGAAAGACCUUCACUCACAGUGUAAGCCUCACUUGCCAUCAAAGAAUCCACACAAAGGAGAAGCCGUUUGAGUGUCUGGAGUGUGGACGGACCUUCAGUUGCAGCGCAUCCCUCACUUCACAUCAGAGAACCCACUCAGGAAAGAAACCAUACCAGUGCACAGUGUGUGGGAAAUGCUUCAGUCAGAGUCCACACCUUAUUUCCCACCGAAGAACCCAUUCUGGAGAGAAACCCUACAAAUGCCAGGAGUGCGGGAAAGGCUUCAGUCAGAGCUCGCAUCUGAAGGUUCACCAAAGCGUCCACACAGGAGAAAAGCCAUAUAAGUGCUUGGAGUGUGGAAAAAGUUUCCGUAUCAGCACCCACCUUAAAUUGCAUCGAAGGAUCCACACAGGGGAGAAACCAUAUAAAUGCCUGGAUUGUGGGAAAAGCUUCAAUCAGAGCUCAAGCCUUAAUACACAUACAAAAAUCCACACAGGGGAGAAGCCCUAUAAAUGUUUGGAGUGUGGGAAGAGUUUUAGCAGCGGUUCAGAAUUUAACAGACACAACAGAACUCACACAGGAGAGAAGCCAUUUAAAUGCCUGCAGUGUGGAAAGGCUUUCUCCACCGGCACACAGCUUACAGAACAUCAUACAGUCCACACCGGAGAGAAAAAAUAUAGAUGCAGGGACUGUGGGAAAAGAUUCAGACGGAGAGGCCAUUUUAUAUCCCACCAAAGAACGCACAAAGAGGAGGAAUUGUCGAAAUGAUCAGAUUAAGACUAUUAGAAAUAGAACAAGCCUUAUGGAUGUCAAAUGAGUCACAGGUGCCCCAAAUUAUGUAAUGAUUUAAUUAGUAAAGAAUCCCCCCCCCCCAAGUGAUUCCUCAAAUCUUAGUAAACAGCCAGGAAUCUAAUAAGGGAGAAUCUGACCACACAAUUAUUAUUCAUAAUCUCCCUACAAUGGGUAGAUGUUCUGUCAACAUUAAAAAGGCACUAUUAGCUCUUUGUGGGUUUAGCGGAUGACCCCAUGAGAGAAUAAUGGCACCAAAUAGCCCCAAGGAUUUAAUGUCUCAGAAAUGUACUUGCAGAUGGGAAACCCCCCACAAAGGGCUGCGGAUUCACUCUUCCAUGCCGAGCCCUCUGCAGCCCAGCAUUGAAUCCUUUGUUCCCAGUGACUACAAUACACUAUUUACUCGCCUCCUGGUUUUCAGCUGAGUCAUCCUGGCGCAUCUUUGGACCAUUCUCCAUAGGCAGAGAAGAUGCCCAUUUCUGAGCCUUCUCAGUUGAGAUCUGCGCUCCGUCUUGAAAGCAGAGGGGCUGCUGUUACCCGCCAUGGCUGUUCUGUGUGUGUUGAGUGUCCUAAAGGAGCCUAUUUCCCAAUGGGUGCAAAUCGUCCUCCAGCCGUGCUGCAAAGUUUAAACAAGAACAGCUUUGGACUCUUUGUAACCCAGUUUUUCAUUGUCUCUUUUUGAAUUGUAAUUCCUUUGUUGUAAAGUGUUUUUAAUAGCUUGUGAGUUGCUUCAGUAGAAAGGUGAUUUUUAUAAGAUGGAAAUUAAAUAGAGUGGAAGGGAAGAAAAGGGACGGCAUACACUUUUGAGGGAGUAAUA